CAACACAUAAACCACCUUCAUAGAAAUUUACACCUUAAAACCAAAAACUUCUGAAAGUUACUGUACACAACACCCAUCGUUCAAAAUGUGCGGAGGUGCAGUUAUUGCCGAUUACAUAACGCCGUCGCGAUCCAGCAGAUCCUCUAAGUCUACCUGGAGACGCGACAACGACGUCGUUGACUUGACGCUCGACGACUUCGAGGGAGACUUCGACGAGUUCGAGUCGGAGAACGAGGAUAUCUACGGAUUCUCAACGGCCAAGCCUGCCGCUCCUCUCCGCCGCUCUUCUCCUCCACAAGAAGAUCGAAGGAAGAAGAAGAAGAGUAGUGAGUACAGAGGAAUCAGGAGAAGGCCAUGGGGAAGAUGGGCGGCUGAGAUUCGAGACCCGAUCAAAGGCGUUCGAGUUUGGCUGGGGACGUUCAACACUGCUGAAGAUGCUGCGAGAGCUUAUGACCUUGAAGCUAAGAGGAUCCGUGGAGCCAAAGCUAAGCUCAACUUCCCUAACGAAUCACCUUCAAGAAAACGUAAAGCUUCUUCUUCUUCUUCACCGCAGCCUCAGGUUAAGAUAGAGGAGAAGCAAGAGGUUGCAGUGGCUAGUAGCCUGUGGGAGGGGGACACGAUUCAGGUAGAUACACAGUGGCUUGAAGAUGCCAUCAAGGGCGGCGAGAAGGAGGGGAAGAGACAGAAGGGUUGUGAUGGUGAAGGUGACGUGAAUGCUUUGCUUUCGGAAGAGCUUCUUGCUUUUGAGAAAGAGACGGAGUGUUUCUUCCAGAUGCCGUUUAUGGAGGGAGGAAGCAGUGUCUUUGAGGGAGAUGAUGUCUUGGAUCUUUGGUCUUGAAUGGUUCUUUUGUACUAAUGACAUGAAGUCAUUGGUGUUUGUAUUUGUAUAAAUGAGAUUAUUGUUUUGCUUGUGUGUUAUGACUCUUGUAACUGUGAUUCUUCUCCCUUGUCAAUGUAAAAUAGCUUAAAUU